AUGGUGUCUCCAGUAGAAAAACAGAUAUAUUUGUUCAUGCUUGUCGUCGUGACCCUUGUUUCGGUUUCUUCCUUCAAAGUAGCUACUUCUGCAUCUCUUACAGCUCCAUCAUCAAGAUCACCAGAAGGACAAGAAGCAGAGGCUCUUCUAAAAUGGAGGGAUAGCCUUGACAACCAAAACCAAUCUCUCAUGUCUUCAUGGUUAGGAAAAAGUCCUUGCAACUGGACUGGAAUUGCUUGCAAUGAAUUCAGAAGCAUCACUAAUAUUAGCCUUAGCAGCAUUGGAUUAAGAGGUACUCUCUAUGCUUUUGGCUUUUCAUCUUUCCCUUCUCUCCUAAGCCUUAAUCUCUACCAAAACUCUUUCUAUGGUAGCAUUCCCUCCAGUUUGGGCAACCUUUCUAAGCUCAUCUACCUUGAUUUGUCUUUUAAUCAACUCUUUGGAAGAAUCCCAUCUGAGAUAGGCCUUAUGACAAGUCUUCACGAGCUUUAUCUAGAUGAUAAUGCCAUAAAUGGAUCCAUUCCUGAAGAAAUGGGAUCACUCAGCUCACUCAAAGUGCUGGGUUUGAGUGGAAACAGCCUCACAGGUCCAAUUCCAGGCUCCAUUUGGAAUAUGGGCAACUUGUCCUUACUAUAUCUCUUCAAAAAUGAACUUACUGGAACUGUGCCACAAGAACUCCACUUGCAAUUUAACAACCUAACUGGCCCAAUUCCUGCAUCCAUAGGAAACCUUGUCAACUUAACUAUUUUAGCACUUCUUGAGAAUAAUUUCUAUGGAUCCAUCCCUCCAACUUUAGGAAACUUGACCAAGCUCACCUUAUUAGAUGUGCAGCAAAACCAAUUGAGUGGCCCCAUCCCACCAGAAAUAGGAAAGCUCAAACUGCUAUUCAAACUAGGAUUGUUUGUAAACAAUCUCAAUGGCUCCAUUCCUGGAGAAUUCAAGAAUCUUACAAAUUUGCAAAAUUUAGGGGUAUCUAGCAACAUGUUGUCAGGCUAUCUUCCUCAAGACAUUUGCACUGGUGGAUUACUUGUAAAUUUUACAGCAAAUGACAAUUAUUUCAUUGGCUCCGUUCCGAAAAGCUUCAGAAACUGCUCCAGUUUAUACAGAGUGAGGCUUGACAGAAACCAGUUGUCAGGAAACAUAUCCGAAGACCUUGGAGUUUAUCCACACUUAAACUACAUUGAUUUGAGCUAUAAUAAUUUCUAUGGGGAACUUUCUCAGAAGUGGGGUCUGUGCCAAAGUCUACAAAGCUUGAAAAUCUCCAACAACAGAAUUUCCGGAAGAAUACCUCCCUUACUUGGUGAGUCGCUUCAGCUACGAGUACUUGACCUCUCCUCGAAUUAUCUAGUUGGGGCUAUCCCAAAGGAAUUGGGGAGGUUAGCGUCACUGUUCGACCUUAACCUGGGUGGAAAUAAACUUUCAGACAGUGUUCCAUUGGAAAUUGGAAGACUAUCCAAUCUAGAGCAACUUAACUUGGCAGCAAACAAUCUCAGGGGAUACAUUCCCAAGCAAUUAUAUGGGUGUUUAAAGUUAUUGAACUUGAAUUUGAGCACAAAUGGAUUGAAUGAGAAACUUCCUUCUGAGAUUGGCAGCUUAGAAUCUCUUCAGGUUCUUGAUCUUAGUCAUAAUUUACUGAGAGGAGAGAUACCACCACAGUUUGGAGAAUUGGAAAACUUAGAAGCACUGAAUCUCUCUCACAAUGAGCUCUCUGGCUCCUUCCCAUCCACUUUUGAUAAUAUGUUGCACCUGACUGCUAUUGACAUAUCCUACAACCAAUUGGAGGGUCCUCUUCCCAACAUCAAAGCCUUCAACGAGGCUCCAAUCGAAGCUUUAGAGAGUAACAAAGGCUUGUGUGGAAAUGCCACAGGUCUGAAGGCAUUCCAAUCUACAAUAAGAAACAGGAAAAAGAAUAAAAACAUCAUUUUGAUUGCAGCCCUCAUUUUAGGAACUCUGUUUCUUGGGUUCAUUAUGGUUGGGUUUCUCUACAUUCGUCGUCACCAGACUGUAAGGGAAGCACAUGAAAUGCCAAGGGGAGCACAAACUGAAGAUCUAUUUGAUAUAUGGAGCUAUGAUGGGAAACUGGUAUAUGAGGACAUAAUUGAUGCUACAGAGGAAUUUGAUUCUAAGCAUUGUGUAGGAGCAGGGGGGCAUGCAAGUGUUUAUAAAGCAAUGCUACAAACAGGCCAGAUUGUUGCAGUGAAGAAACUUCACACACUACAGGAUGGUGGGAAUAGCAAAUAUAAAGGCUUUCGAGGGUGA